CAACAAAACGAUAACGAUAACAACAACAUUUGAACUUUUUUUUUUAAAUCUUUUUCUCAGUCAGUGUUCUUGUGUGUGUGCCUAUUCAAAUUCUUCUUUUUUUUCAAAAAUUUUCAAUUUUUCAAAAAUGGGUCGAUCAUCGAAAAGCAACAGCAACAAAUCCCGACAACAAAAAUCGGAAAAGAAAUCAAAAUCAUUGAAAAAUUAUCCCACAUUAUUAGGAGGUGAACAACAAAUGUUAAAUGAUUCAAUAAUAUCGGAUACAGAUUCUUUAUUUAAUGAUGCAUCAUCGAUUGUAUCGAUUAAUUCAAAUUUUUCGACAAAUCGAAAAUAUCAAGUAUCCGAUGAUGGUAUUGUUAGCGGUCAACAAAGUCCUGAUUACAUCGAAACAAAUGAUGAUAAUACAAUUAUUUCAACAACAAAUUAUGAAGAUUCAAAUAAAAAAUUAACACCAAUCGAUGAUACAUUAGCCAAAUUAUCGGAUAUUUUAGAUGAAUUAUUAAUUUCAAAACGUAAAUCAAAUCGUCAAAAUCAUUUAGAUUCAUUGAUAAAAAUUUUUCAAACAAAAUUUAUUGGUAUUUAUUUGGAUAAUCGAAAAACAACAUUACAACAAAUAAUUGAAUCUGGUUUAAAAAAAUUUGAUGAUGAUACUGGUUCAAUUGCAUUAUUAUUAACAUUAACAAUCAUUACUAUUGGAAAUGAAUUUAAUGAUCAAUUUCAAUCAUUAUAUAAUCUUUUAUUGAAAAUUAUGAUUGAUCCAUCAGCUAAACCAUCCGUACGAUCAAAAGUAGCCAUUUCAUUAAGUAUUGGAUGCUUUAUCACUGAUUUUGGUGAUGAAAAAAUUGAUGAAAUUCUUGAUUAUUUACUUUCAAUUGCAUUAACCAAUGUACGAACUAGUGGUGGUCAAUCAUUAAUUUCAAGCCAAUUAACCGAAAUUAAUGCAUUCAAAGCAUUAUGUUUAAAUUUAUUUACAUUUCUAUCAACUAUUGCUGAUUUUGAUUAUGUUUGUCAAUUAAUACAACAAGAUAUCAAUAAACUAAUCAAAUUAAUGGAUUCUAUUGAUUUGGAUAUACGUUUAUCAGCCGGUACAACAUUUGCAUUUUUAUAUGAAUUCUAUGAUAAUAAUGAUCAAGAAUUUGAUAUCUAUAAUCUACAAGAUUUAAAAGAUAAAAUAAUGAAAUUAUCAAAUGAUUCAAAUAAAUCACAAUCGAAAAAAAAUUUACGUGUACAACGAUCAGAAUUUCGUGAUAUAUUACAUACUAUUGAAGGAAAUGAAUAUGAAAUGGAAAUAAUAAAAUUUGGUUAUGAACAACUUGAUAUUGAUUCAUGGCGAAUGAAAAUUUAUUAUGAUAUUUUUUGUUCAAUAUUGGGUUCAGGUAUGAAUAUACAUUUGGCACAAAAUCAAACAUUACGUGAUAUUUUUGAAUUGGGUUCAGUUUUAUUGGAUAAAGUAUUGAUUAGUCGUGAUACACGAAUGAAUGCUAAACAACAACAUGUUACUAAUCGUAAACAACGUGAAAUUAGUCGAUCAAAAAUGCGUGGUAAACGUGGUGAUUUUGAUUAUUGAUCAUGUCCAUCCGGGGGAUUUGGCUUUUCGUCGUCGUCGUCAUCGUUUUGAAAAAUUUUUGAUUUUUUUUUCUUUUCUUUUUCUCUUUGUUUGAUGUAAAAUUUAUU